AUGAUGCGUCGAUGUUUGCUUCUUAUUGCGUUCUUAUUCUGCAUCGACCGUGUUGCAUGGUUGGAAGCUGUCGGUGUCCACAAUUGGCCAUUCAUAUUUAACAACAAUCCAUCAAAGAACUGGGUUGUCCUUGUCGCUGGUACCAAUAACUGGGACAAUUAUCGACAUCAACUCAUGGCCAUGGAGUUGAACGAUACCCUCGCCUACAUGCAUUCGAAAAGAAAGUUCAACAAAUUGGUGCUAUACGUGGAGGCUUGCUACUCUGGCUCUAUGUUUAAAGAUGUUCUUCCUUCAAAUUUGGGGAGAAGAAUCCCAGUUGGAAAAUUCCAGGGUCAUUAUGACCUACUGAUGCACCGGAAUGAUGGAGCGAUAGUACCGAAUGCUGUAGACGGAAAGCCCUAUUGCCAGGCGCAUUUGUUUUCAAAAUCUCGACGCUUGAUGUCGGCCGCAACCGAGGAAGAACAUGAAACCGCUUGGCGAAAGCUGCACCGUGCACUUCAGCUUGGCCACAUCGUCAAGGAAACGUGUCGUGACAUCGUCCUGGAUGUGACAACCCACCAUAAGCCAACGCCAAAAGGCCUGUCCAAGAGGGAUGAAUUAAUGUUUUUCAAGGCGGACGUUUACCACGCGUAUCAAGUCAUGCGUAAAAACAAUGUUCCAGCGAGGAAUAUAAUUACCCUCGCCUACGACGACAUUGCAAACAAUCCCAAAAAUCCAUUUAGAGAAGAAGUGUUCCAUGAAUACCUGCGCGAUGAUGUAUACAAUGGUGUGAUAAUUGACUACCGAGGAAAAGAUGUCACACGAGAUAACUUCGUGAAAGUAUUAAAAGGCGAUGAGAAACUUGAAGCCAACAAGAAGAAGGUGCUUAAAAGCGGUCCUAAUGACAACGUGUUCAUCUUCUACUCUGGCCAUGGUGGGACUCGCUUUAUUGGAUUCCUACACGAAACUCUGCGUGCCAUGGAGUUGAACGAUACCCUCGCCUACAUGCAUUCAAACAAAAUGUUCAACAAAUUGGUGCUCUACAUGGAGUCUUGCAGCUCUGGCUCUAUGUUUAAAGAUAUUCUUCCUUCAAAUAUGGGAAUCUACGUGACAACAUCAACCACAGAAGAUGAACAAUCCCAUGCUAUAUUUUGUUUGGACGAGGACAUCGAUGUCUGUCUUGCGAACGAAUACUCGCUUCGCUGGAUUUUAGAUUCGGAAUACAAAGACCUAAAAAAGCGUACACUGGAGGAACAAUACGAGGAGGUGAAAAAAACUACGAAGUUAAGUCACGUAAUGAAAUACGGCGAAAUGGCGAUGGGCAGUCUCCCGGUUGGAAAGUUCCACGGUCAUUAUGAUCUGCUGAUGCAUCGGAAAGACGGGGCAAUAGCACCGAAUGCUGAAGAUAGAAAGCCCUAUUGCCAGGCAAAUUUGAUUUCAAAAUUCCGACGCUUGAUGGCAGCCGCAACCGAGGAAGAACAUGUAACUGCUUGGCCAAAGCUGCACCGUGCACUUCAGCUCGCCAACAUCGUCAAGGAUACGUUUCGUGACUUCGUCGAGCGUGUGAAAACCAACCAUAAGCCAACGGUAAAGGGCCUGUCCAAGAGGGAUGAGCUCAUGUGUUUCAAGGCAGUAUUCGAUCAAUUCCGGACGCACUGCUUCACAAUUCAACAGGCAAGUUGA